AUGAGUAAUAUAUUUGAUAUAUACAAAACGGAAAGCGAAAGCCAAAUUGGUGCUCAAAGAUCACUGAGACAACAAUCUGGUAGACCAUUUAUGCUAAUUAAACGGAUUGCCUUAAGAAGUCCUGAAAGAAUUUCAGAUUCAUCUGAUUCGUGUUUGGGAUCAGGUGUAAAAGAAGAGAAGACUGAUGAUAACGAUUUGGAAUCAUUGAAAAAAAUAAUUGACUGCAGUGUAUAUGAAGAUAUACUCGAAAAAAACAAACCUGCUCCAGUCACAGAAUAUGUUCCGAUCUUCGAUAACGUCAAAAUUCGAAUGAGUUUCGGUCCUUAUGAAGAUAUAUCAGACCGUAUUCAUACAAUUGGUUUCGAUCUUGCUGGACGAGCCCUGAGGGCUUUGAGAACUGUAGUAAAGACUAAAGAAGGUUCCCAGUUCAUCCGUAAUCAUAUUCACAGCAAAGUCCCACUCUAA